AGGGAUUUGAUGUGCAGGCAAGGCUUUAAUGCUCCUCUUCCCCCUCCUCCCCGUUUGCAGAGGUGAAUUUCUGAAGGCAGGAAGGAAACCUUGGGCUGAAAUCCCUCCAGCUCUCAUCGGGGGGGGGGGGGGAGUGUCAGCUGGACAGAAUCACAGCAGCAGAAAGUGGGUUGGUUUGGGGUGGGGUAAGGGGAAGAUUUCAUGCGGUUCCCAGACAUAUUGAGCCUGCUCCUUCCUUCCUUCCUUCUUCCUUCCUUCUCUUAACCAUCUUUUGCCAUCUCGCGGAGCCUGACUGGUCCUUGCGGAUAAAUGAGGAAUCACGAUGUUCACCAGCAUCACGGACGGGCUCCUGUGUUGCCUGAUGGGCAAGACCCCCAAUGCCGUGGGUCCCCUGGAGAGCGUCGAGUCCAGCGACGGGUUUAGCUUCGUGGAGGUGAAGCCCGGCCGGGUCCUGCGGGUCAAGCACCUGGCCCCCGCACGCCCACCGGGGGCCGAGGACACGCCCCAGACCGCGGGCGUCGUGCACUGCAAACGCCGCAUCACAGUCUACCGCAACGGGCAGAUGGUCAUCGAGAACCUGGGCGACGCCGUCCGCGCCGACAUCCUCCACUGCCAGAACGGCUCCGAAGCCAACGGCACGAUGGAGCUGGAGGUCUUGGACACUGCUGGCACCGGCGCAGCCACCCCCUCGGCCAACCCCCCCGGUCCUGGCCCUGCCAAGCGCCGCCGGCGGAAGCCGAAGAAAGUGGUCAACGUCGACUGCACCAAGUUCAUCACCAGCUGCAAGGGCACCCACAGUGACGUGGUCCUCUUCUUCAUCCACGGCGUGGGGGGCUCUCUGGACAUCUGGAAGGAGCAGCUGGACUUCUUCGCCAAGCUGGGCUACGAGGUGGUGGCUCCCGACCUGGCCGGACACGGGUGCAGUUCGGCCCCCCAAAUCGCCGCCGCCUACACUUUUUACGCCCUGGCGGAAGACAUGCGGGCCGUCUUCAAGCGCUACGCUCGGAAGAGGAACAUCCUCAUCGGACACUCCUACGGAGUCUCCUUCUGCACCUUCCUGGCGCACGAAUACCCAGAUCUGGUCCACAAGGUGAUAAUGAUCAAUGGCGGAGGCCCCACGGCCUUGGAGCCCAGUCUCUGCUCCAUCUUCAACAUGCCUACAUGUGUCCUGCGCUGCCUCUCCCCCUGUCUGGCCUGGAGCUUCCUCAAGGCUGGCUUUGCCCGCCAAGGCGCCAAGGAGAAGCAGCUGCUGAAGGAAGGGAACGCCUUCAACGUCUCAUCUUUCGUCCUGAGAGCCAUGAUGAGCGGCCAGUACUGGCCAGAGGGGGAUGAGGUCUACCAUGCGGAGCUGACCGUGCCUGUCCUCCUCGUUCACGGCAUGCACGACAAAUUUGUCCCUGUGGAAGAGGACCAGCGGAUGGCUGAGAUCCUGCUCAUCGCUUUCCUGAAGGUGAUUGACGAAGGCAGCCACAUGGUCAUGAUGGAGUGUCCGGAAACCGUGAACACCCUUUUGCACGAGUUCCUGUUAUGGGAGCCGGAGGCUGUCCCAGCCGCGGAUGGAACAGAAGCAGAGAAGAAAUAAGAAAUAAAAAAACCAAAACCCUUAACAGCUACUUCGUGAAACUAGCGGCCUGCUCACGUUGCUGAUUCCAGAGGGAUGUUUUUUUCUGGUUUGGAGCUUGCGGCAGUAGAAGGUGCGGCUGUGGCCGGCGGACACCUCCCUGCAAUGCGGGACGGGCGGAAAAGCCUCUUUCCUCCUCCUCCUCCUCCGCAGAGAAGCAGACUGGACCUUCGUGGGCUGGGCACAUGCAGGGUCACAGCCGAGUGAGGUGGACCCUCAAGACAGGUGGGAGGGAAGGGGUUGGCCGCUACCUGAGCUUUUGCCCUCGCCUUCCCCCUUGUAAUGUCCUCGUUCGUUUUUUCACACUCAGCCUCUGGAAGGCUGCAGAAAAGAGGCUGUGGCGCUUCCUCAGGACGUGUCCCAAGAUGGCAACCUCAACUCCGUUUGGGAGCCGGCCAAGCUGACUCGGGCACGAUUGAACCGACCCGGAUUUGUGUACACAGCUUAAUAAAUCGGCGACCCUCCUCCCCCCGAAUUCCCUCUGCCCCUCAAAGGUGUGGUAAACAAAUUCUCCACAUUGGCUGAGCCAGGAAGGAGAAGGCAGUGGGGAGAUUCGAACACUUGCCCAUUGCUUGAGACGAGCAUCAGUGCUAGGUUCUGCCAUGGGGGCAGGCGUUCCCAAGCCCCUUGCCAAGAGGUUCAGGGGGCAGGGCUCCCCGGUAUUUACUCACCCAUCAAACACCUCCUCCCCUUCUCUUCACAUCGCCUCCAAACCUCCGCAUUCUCUGGGCAGAAGGUCCUGGAGCCCUUCUGGAGUUUGGGGGUUCGCUUCUGGUCUUCGGCAGCUUGUAAAUGUACUGUGAAAAAUUGCAGGACCCAAAGGUAUUUCAGGGUAAAGGCACCUCUCUCUCCUCUCCACAAUCUUUGGCACUUUGGUUGGGAGAGCAAAGUCCCCGUAACUGAGUAAUUCCUUAUUUUGUCAGUGCCCGUUUGCUCCGUAUCAAACCUUUGGAACGCUCCCCUCCCUUCCCCAUUCACCAGGAGAAAUGGAAAGGAA